UACUACUCCUGAGAAUCCUCUCUGAUGGGCUCGUGCCUCUCAUCGCGCUCGUCGGCGGCGGCAGCGGCGAGCUCGCCGUCGUCCGGCGUCUGGCUGAGCUCGAAGAGGGAGAGGAAGAAGAAGAAGAAGCAGAAGCAGAGAAGGGAGAAAGAGAAGGGAAUCAGUGGGUUGUUUGAGGGGAAGCUUGUGGCGGGUUCUGGCGGCGGUGGAGAUGGAGAAAUGGCGGAGGAGGAGCUUCACCGGCUGCCGGGAAGGAUGUUUUUGAAUGGUUCGAGUGAGGUUGCUUGCUUGUUCACGCAGCAGGGGAGGAAGGGGACCAAUCAGGAUGCCAUGAUCGUUUGGGAGAAUUUCACUUCAAGAAGUGACACCAUUUUCUGUGGAGUAUUUGAUGGUCAUGGUCCAUUCGGUCACAUGGUUGCAAAGAAAGUCAGAGAUUCACUUCCUCUCAAGUUGUGCACGCAAUGGAGAGCUAAUACCAGUAACAACAACAGCCCUCUCCAAAAUGGCAGUCUGCCUGGAAGUAUGAAUUCUGAGGAAACAACAUCCAUUAGCUUUGACAAUGAAUGGGCUGAGUCCGCUGAUGUCGACGAGAACAGAAAGCUACCAGAGACAUAUUCAUCACUCAAAGAGUCCCUACUAAAGGCUUUUAAGUUAAUGGAUAAAGAGCUAAAACUUAACUCAACAAUCGACUGUUUUUGCAGCGGGACAACUGCUGUUACUGUGUUGAAGCAGGGCCAUGAUCUUGUGAUCGGAAAUGUUGGAGACUCGAGAGCGGUAAUGGGAACCCGAGAUAUGGACAAUAAUUUGGUUGCUGUACAAUUGACUGUUGAUUUGAAGCCUAACCUUCCCAGAGAGGCUGCUAGAAUCCAACAAUGCAGAGGAAGAGUUUUUGCGUUGCAGGAUGAGCCAGAAGUUGCUCGUGUAUGGUUGCCGAACAAUGACUCACCUGGACUAGCUAUGGCUCGAGCAUUUGGAGACUUCUGCCUAAAGGAUUAUGGUUUAAUUUCUGUUCCUGAUAUAUCCUAUCGACAUCUUACCGACAAGGAUGAGUUUGUUGUUCUUGCUUCAGAUGGGGUAUGGGAUGUUCUAUCAAACAAGGAAGUGGUAGAUAUAGUAGCUACAGCGCCAACCCGUUCAACCGCUGCAAGAGCUCUGGUAGAAUGUGCUGUCCGAUCUUGGCGGCUCAAGUUUCCAACAUCGAAAAGUGAUGACUGUGCAGUUGUGGUUUUGUUCCUAGACAUCCCAUGCUCAUCUAACCAACUUCCAGAAAACAACUCUGAGAAACUUCUUACAGAACAAACCGACACAACUGUAUCAAGUUUGAUACAACAAGAACCAUAUGCAUCAGUCACCGACGAAGUCACCGGAAGUCCACAAACUCAGAGUUAUGUCAGUGAGAUUGUAGUAGAAGAUGAAGAGCCAAAGUUAGAACAAAUGCCUGAUCGAUGCCAAUCCGCUCGGAGCCUUGCAGAAUGCUUAUCAAACACAGAGGAAGAAGAAUGGUCUGCUCUUGAAGGUGUCACCAGAGUAAACUCUUUGCUAAAUCUUCCGAGAUUCUUGUCUAGUGAUAAGAAGAACAUCAACCGGAAGAAAUGGUUAUAGAAUCUGAAAUCAGAGCCGGUCUUUUUCGUUCCGUUAUUAUCGCAAUUGUUGAGUCAAGAGAGCCAAGCAACUGCUAACUAACUCGUAUUCGCAAUUGCUAUAUUUUGGUUCAAGAUUUUUUUUUCCCUUUUUUUCCUUCUGUUUGCUCUUUGUCAAAGUUUCUGUUGUUAUUUCAGCUUUGUGCUUGUAGAUUCAUGUUAAGAAACUCUCUGUGUUGUUGUUAUGUUGGUUUUAGUUUUACUGGUUGGAGGUUAUAUGUAUACAAAUGUAUGUAAAUAAUUUUUGUGCUUUGUUUAAGGUGAUAUUUGUAUGAACAUUUGAUUUUGAGACAAAGUUCAAUUUGGCAAAAUUUAAUUC